AUGCGUCCCACGGCAGAGUACAUCAAGACAGAAUUAACUAAAAUAAAGCAGUCUACUAAAAGCGGUUGCUCUUCUGACGAUGUCUAUGUACCGACCCUGUACUGGUUUAAACAUGCAGAAUUUUUAAGCAGUGUAUGCGUCCCACGGCAGAGUACAUCAAGUCUCGAUGCACCACAGACUCAAAAUGAAGACUCUGCUGAAUCUGAGCAGACUCAAGCUGGCAGUGAGGAACAGAAGACGCCAAAUUCUGAGAUUAGUAGGAAUGGAAGUAGUGAAUUGAUGACUCCUUCAUAUUCUCGAAAUCCAACAAACAAGAAAAGGAAGAUUGAUAUACCGAUUGAUAGAGCAAUUAAAGAAUUAAAAACUAUAAGCGAGCAAGCCAAAGUCCAAACUGAAGAUGAGUUUGAUUUGUUUUGCAAAAGUUUGGCAGUACAACUCAAGAAAAUGCCCUUGAACAGGGCUUUGAUAUGUCAGGAAAAACUUCAAUCUGUGAUGACUCAGGAACGGUUAACACAGAUGUCACAAUCAUUUCCUGAAGUAAUUUACUCGGACUCCAGCACUCCAUCCCCAUUUACUAUCAACCAGUCGCCUCUAUACCAAAAAAUACAACACCGGAGUAUAAUUAUAGUAACUACCUUGUCACCAAACAAGUUUAUACGCAACCACAACCAGUGCCUGUACCCGUGA